AUGAAGAUUGGAGCUCUGGCUUCCAUCUUGGAGCAGGAGGAUGAAGAAGGUGGAGGGGAGAGCUUAAAAGAACUUGGAUUCUUGAUGACCUUGUGGUGCCACCCCAGGAUCCCCAGAUUGCUUGCCUUUGGACUUCAUUUACAUGCUGCAGGCAAUAACAGGAUGCUAUGGCUAAGAGGAUGGGUCCUCCAGGUGCUGAGAAAUGCCCGGGGAUUCUGUGGGCCUCAUGGGCAGCAGCCACCUCUACCUGACCCUCAGAAGAUUGUGGCCACCUGGGAGGCCAUCAGCCUGGGGAGGCAGCCAGUGCCUGAGUACUUCAACUUUGCCCAUGAUGUGCUGGACAUGUGGAGUCAUCUGGAAAAGGCUGGGCACAGGCCCCAGAUCCCUGCAUUCUGGUGGGUCAAUGGCAAGGGAGCAGAGGUCAAGUGGAACUUUGAGGAGCUAGGGGAGCAGUCCAGGAAGGCGGCUAAUGUGCUCCAGGGUAUGUGCGGCCUUCAGCCUGGGGACAGGAUGAUGCUGGUGCUCCCGCGGCUCCCAGAGUGGUGGCUGGUCAGCGUGGCAUGCAUACGGACAGGGGCUGUCAUGAUCCCGGGUGUCUCUCAGCUGACAGAGAAGGACCUCAAAUAUCGGCUGCAGGUGUCCAGGGCCAAAUCCAUUAUCACCAGUGACUCCCUGGCUCCGCGGGUGGAUGCCAUUAACGCUGACUGUCCCUUCCUCCAGUCCAAGCUACUGGUGUCAGACAGCAGUUGGCCAGGCUGGAUGAACUUCAGGAAACUCCUGUGCGAGGCAUCCACAGAGCACGACUGUGUGAGGACCAAGAGUCAAGACCCUCUGGCCAUCUACUUCACAAGUGGCACCACCGGAGCGCCCAAGAUGGUUGAGCACUCCCAGGCCAGCUACAGACUGGGUUUUGUGGCCAGUGGCAGGCGGUGGGUGGACUUGACCAAAUCAGACAUCUUCUGGAACACGUCUGACACUGGCUGGGUUAAGGCACCUUGGACCCUCUUCUCUGCCUGGCCUAAUGGAUCUUGUAUUUUUGUGCAUGAGCUGCCCCGAGUUGAUGCCAAGAUUAUUCUGAAUACUCUCUCCAGGUACCCGAUCACCACCCUCUGCUGUGUUCCCACCAUCUUCUGGCUGCUGGUACAGGAGGAUCUCACCAGGUACCAGUUUCAGAGCCUGAGGCACUGUUUGACUGGAGGAGAGGCACUGAAUCCUGACGUGAGAGAGAAGUGGAAGAGCCAUGUGGGCCUGGAGCUGCAUGAAGGCUAUGGCUAGUCUGAAACAGUUUUAAUCUGUGCCAAUCCAAAAGGCAUGAAAAUCAAGUCUGGAUCCAUGGGGAAAGCGUCCCCACCUUACAAUGUGCAGAUCAUGGAUGAUGAGGGCAACAUCCUACCUCCAGGACAAGAGGGGAAUAUUGCUGUCCGAGUCAGGCCCACCCGGCCCUUCUGUUUCUUCAGUUGCUAUUUGAACAAUCCUGAGAAGACAGAGGCAUCAGAACGAGGGGACUUCUACAUCACGGGGGACCGAGCCCACAAGGACAAGGAUGGCUACUUUUGGUUCACUUGAAGAAAUGAUGAUGUGAUUAAUUCCUCAAGCUACCGGAUUGGACCCCUUGAAGUGGAAAAUGCCCUUGCUGAGCACCCUGCUGUUCUAGAGGCUGCUGUGGUCAGCAGCCCAGACCCCAUCAGAGGGGAGGUGGUGAAGGCCUUUAUUGUCCUUUCUCCAUCUUACUCCUCUCAAGAUCCUGAGAAACUAACUCAGGAGCUCCAGGAGCAUGUGAAAAGGGUGACUGCUCCAUGCUAGUACCCCAGAAAGGUGGCCUUUGUUUCAGAACUACCCAAGACGGUUUCUGGAAAGAUCCAAAGGAAUAAAUUGAGAAGCCAAGAGUGGGGGGAGAUGAGAGGCAACCCCCGAAAGGCCCCAUAG